CAAUUUUUUUGUCCCACUAUCAUCCGUGAACGCUCGACUCCGUGCACUCCUCCCCUGAUGGCGCGACGAUCUGCUGACCUCUGUCGCCUGCGUCACUUCGACCCCCUCCACAAAGCCUCCUUCCCUUCAUUCCUCCGAUCUCAGUGCCAUCUGCACCUCCGCACCAAAGCCGCUCGCCGCCGCCCCGAUGACGACCCCGACGAUCGGCACAGGCGGAACGACGCCGGAGGCGGUGGCGAACCUUGGGACCGCAGCUUCCGCCUCGACAAGGGCCGCGGCCAGUACCUCCUCACCAACCCCCGCGUCCUCGACACCAUCGCCCGAGUCGCCGGACUCCGCCCCUCCGACACCGUUCUCGAGAUUGGCCCCGGCACCGGCAAUCUCACCGCCCGGCUCCUCCAGUCUGCCCGCAGAGUCGUCGCUGUAGAGAUCGAUCCACGCAUGGUCGAUUCUGUCCUCGCUCGCGCGUCUCGCCUCGGCGUCGACGAUCGACUUACGGUAAUCACUGGCGACGCGCUGAAGACGGAGUUCCCAGAGUUCGACAUCUGCGUCGCUAACAUACCUUACGGGAUCUCGUCACCUCUUAUCGCGAAGCUUCUCUUCAGUACGAGCAGGCCAUCCAGCUUCAGGAGCGCGGUGCUCUUGCUCCAAAAGGAGUUCGCCCGGCGGCUCCUGGCCGUGCCAGGUGACUCGGAGUUCAACCGGCUGGCUGCAAACGUGAGACUGGUGGCCACAGUGGAGCUGCUGAUGGACGUGAGCAAGAAGGACUUCGUGCCUUGCCCAAAGGUGGACUCUACGCUGGUGCGUCUCCGGCCCAGGACUGAUGUUCCUGAGGUUGAUUUGGAUGAAUGGUUGGCUUUCUCCCGCACAUGCUUCAGCAACAAGAACAAGACCCUGGGUGCCAUCUUUAAGCAGAAGAAGAGGAUCGCCGAAUUACUUGGGAGGUCCAAGUCUGAAGGAAGAUCUACCAAAGUUUUCAUGGAAGAGGAGCAGAAUGAUAAUGGAGCCGAGGAGAAUGAUGAUGACAAUCGUGAUGAUGAUGAUCUUUUGGAGCAGAAUGCAUCUGAAGUAAGUUCUUUUAAGGAGAAGGCUGUUGGGAUAUUGAAGUCUGGGGGCUUUGAAGGGAAGAGACCUUCCAAAUUAUCCAACGAAGAAUUAUUGCAUCUGCUACAGCUUUUUAAUCAAAAUGGUGUUCAGUUUCGAUAGCUCAAGUUCAACUUAUUUGGUCCCAUUGUGUUUGAUUGCAAGCAAAAGCAAUUCCCAGAGCAGCUGUCUGCUCUAUUUGUGGAUAGAUCUUGUGAUAUAACCAGCAUUAUAAGCUCCAGACUACCUGAUUACUUGUACUCACAUGGGUUACAAAGAGUCAACAGAAAGGUUUUGUGAGCUCUGACUUAUGCCACUGAUAUGAUUCAAGGAGUUGCUUGUUGCUGGGAAAAUGAAAUGAAUAUUCUCCAAUUUAUUGGAAGUCUUUCUUCCGAGGAUUCAACAAAGCUCAAUGUGAAGUACUCUGUUUCUCUUCUAUCCACAACCCUAGGUGAAGGCAAUCUUUAAACUGCAGAUACCAUCAUGUUACACGUCCAGAACAACUGACAAGCCUACUGCCUUUUCUGUUAUGCUAGAAGCUGAUGCAGAGCUUUUGACAUUUGAUGUCUCUCUAAUAUGUGAUCCUAAGCUUGUUGUUGCUGAAGUACCAAUAUUUAGAUCAUCGCUCAGUUGACUGCAGAUAUGUACGUAUCUAUUUCACUUUCCAUGAUCAAAUUGCAAACGGAUGUUGGAGUAUGACUCAUCAAUUAAGGUA